GUCGAUAAUAUUGAAUAUUUUAUAAGUCAACGCCGGCAUAUAAAAUUUACUAAUUAUACACUUGAGGUUAAAAAUAAUAUCUUAUUUUGAAAUAUUGAAUAGAAGAAUAGAAAUACCCAACAACUUUAUUAUUUAUUUACACUUUUAUUUUUCUGAGAAAGAUAAUUUUACCAAUGUUUCACUUUAGACCUAUUUACGAAGCUCUUCAUAAAUCAUUACAGAGUCAUCCAGUGAAUUCGGUUUUUAAACGACUUAUAAGCACCAAUAAUUAUUCAAACAUGCCUGUCAAAGUUGGAGAUAUCAUUCCAAAUGUUGAACUAACAGAAAACAAACCUGAUAACAAAAUAAAUAUUUUUGAACUGUGUAAAGGAAAAACUGUAGUGUUAUUUGCUGUUCCUGGUGCAUUUACUCCUGGGUGUUCUAAGACACAUUUACCUGGUUAUGUAGCUUCAGCUGAUGAUUUAAAAAAAAAAGGAGUUGAUGAAAUAGUAUGUAUUUCAGUCAAUGAUCCUUUUGUCAUGGCUGCAUGGGCUCAAAAUCAAAAUGCAGAAGGAAAAGUACGUUUGUUAGCUGAUCCAAAUGCAGAGUUAACUAAAGCUCUUGAUUUAGCUAUUGAUUUGCCACCAUUAGGAGGGAUCCGAUCAAAACGUUAUUCAAUGCUUAUUAAAGAUAGCAAGGUUGUACAGUUGAAUGUUGAACCUGAUAAUACUGGUCUAUCUUGUUCAUUAGUUAAUAAUCUUACUUUAUAACUAAUAUUUGUUACAAAAAAGAUUUUUGUUUUAUGUUAAAAUACUAUACUUUAUUAAAUGAUUUCAACUUAAAAUGUUUUACUAAAUAUCAAUUAAUAUAUUCAAAAAAGUUUUUUUUAUUAAAUACAUAAUUAUUCAUAACAUUAAAA